AUGUGUGCUGAGGGCACCCCAGUGUGCGGUAAGCCUCCACUCAACACCAAGAUUGUUGGAGGACAGGUGGCCACUCCAGGCAGCUGGCCCUGGCAGGCCAGUCUGCGAACCUCUGGGUCCCACUUCUGCGCAGGAACCCUCAUUAACAAUCAAUGGGUGCUGACUACUGCUAAAUGCUGUGCUAGAUCAGGCGUAAGCACGAGCACUCUGACUGUGUAUCUGGGUCUCCAGAGUCUACAGGGAAUAAACCCCAAUCAAGUGUCUCGGACAGUAUCACAGAUCAUCAUUCAUCCCAACUUUAUCUCUGGAAAUAUUGACAACGACAUCUGCCUCCUGAAGCUCUCCUCUCCGGUGACUUUCACCAUCUACAUUCAGCCCGUCUGUCUGGCAGCCACAGGCAGCACCUACUACAAGGGGACUGUCUCCUGGUCCACCGGCUGGGGCAAUGUUGGAUCUGGAG